AUGGCGUCAUCGUGGACUAGUCCUGGCUUCAGCUCCAAGUCUGGGACUAGCACGAACUGGAUGGAUAGUAACUUUGUUCAUGAUCAAAGUCUAUCUCAACUCGGAUCGCCGCCCGACACGACUUGGUAUCAAAGUCAGUCGUCUACAAACUCCUCUCGUGGCUCACUGAUCCCAGAGAUAUCGGAAUGGCCAACCCACAACCCGCCGUACCUCCCGUAUGCUCAAUCCGCUCCUGUCGAAAAGCACCAAGGCCGCAACGCAGGCCCAUAUCAGCCCCAGCAUUUGGCAGCACAUGACGCCCUUCAAGUCGCUCUCAGCUCUCGAGCGAGCAUACACACCUCUCCCCACAGCAUCACUGGUCUACCAGAAAUCCGCACUCCUCAUGAAGAUGGCGAGCCCAAUCGUGGGGCUCCAAAUCCUUCACGCCGACGAGCAAGGAGAGUGUAA